AUGUGGGUCGUUGAUGCGGUAAAUAGAACCAACAGACGCACUAUAUUACAACCUGUAAAUAAUAUAAAUAAAGAAACACUGACAACCUUCUGUACUAAAUUUGUUGAUAGUGCCUCUAAAAAUAUAUACUGA